CUGAGUGUUGGGAAAACAAUACAUAAGCACGUGCAAUCGCACUGCAGUGGAGUUAAGAAUUGUUUACGUUUUAUUUAGAUACGUCAAACUUAUAAUGGGUAAGCAAAAGAAGACAAAAAAGAUACAAAAACAGCGAAAUGCACAGCUAAAGCGUUUGAUGAAACCUACCGAUUCCCGCAUCAAAGAACAAGUGCGUCAAAAACGCAAGAAAGAAGCCGAUCCUUAUGAGAUUAAAGUACAUGAAGCCACCCAACAGAGUUCGGCCCUCUUUUUCCAGUACAACACACAGUUGGGACCACCCUAUCAUAUCGUGCUCGACACAAAUUUCAUAAAUUUUAGCAUUAAGAACAAACUGGAUAUAGUUCAGUGCAUGAUGGAUUGUCUGUACGCCAAGUGUAUACCCUACAUAUCCGACUGCGUACGCGCUGAGUUGGAAAAGCUGGGUAACAAAUACAAACUAGCCCUGCGUAUUAUAUCAGAUCCCCGCUUUGAGCGUUUACCCUGCCUACACAAAGGCACCUACGCCGACGACUGUCUAGUGGAGCGGGUCCGUCAGCACAAAUGCUAUAUUGUGGCCACAAAUGAUAAGGACUUAAAAAAUCGCAUUCGCAAGAUACCAGGGGUACCUAUCAUGUAUGUCGCAGCGCACAAGUAUGCCAUUGAACGUAUGCCAGAGGCGUACGGCGUAAAGGCGUAGUGUAAACUAAGAUUAUAUUGUACGAUACUACUGUACUGACUUAAAAAAUAUAUGUUAAGCCCUAAACAAAAUUUCAUAUACA